AUGGCUGUGGUGGCCCCAGCCUCGUCGGUGGCAACGCUGGGCGCUGUGGCCCAGUGCAAUGCGCAGCAUAUGGAGUACAUGGACGAGGUAGUCAAGGAGAUUCUGAAGCAUUCCCUGGUCAGGGGAAUCGACAAGGCCGAUGCGCGAGACCAGUCUGCUGGUGGACGUCACAAGGUUCUGGAGCCGGAGUUCGUCCAGAAAGCUCUGGCUUCAAACAAGGAGGCCAGUGGUGGUGGUAGUGUCUUCUGGGCUAAUCUUGGCCUCGAUGCUGCAACAUCGCACACGCCGAUCAAAACAAGAAAGUGCCAGCAGAUGGCGGACAAGAUCUAUGGCAAGCCUCGAACCAUGCUGGGCGCGAUCGUCUGCGCCGUUCCGCCCAGCUGGAUGGCUCCUGGAACCCGUUUUGAGUUCAAGACAGACAGCCUCCGCCGCAUUUCUCCACCCGAAUCGCUUCACGCGCUCCUGCUGGCCGUGCACCGCGACGUUGUCGCGAACGAGCUGGACAGCAUUGGACAGCAUCAAGGAGUGGAAGAACAUCUUGCUGCACCUACACCAGUGCUUGGUUUUUGA